AUGCCUCGCUGGAUCAAUGUGCUGCUGGUGGUGGGCGCCCCCCUUUUCGGAGCGCAAUGCACCAGCGCCGCCGUGCCCUCCCUGGACGUCCCCGCCUGCGUCGCCGGCAAGGGCAGCGUGCAGUACGACAAGUCGGUGCCGAACGGCGAGUCCGCCUUCCCGCUGACGCAGGUCGACCUGUGCUACACGGACAACGCCAUCAACAUCGUCUUCACGGCACAUGAGGAGAUCAACUUCUACUACAACGCCAGCCAGACCACCAACGACGCUAUCUACAACUACGAGGUGAUGGAGGCCUUCAUCUACCGUGGCACCAAUGACCCGCAGACGUACCUGGAGUUCGAGGUCAGCCCCAACAACGUCACCUUCCAGGCCUUCAUCUACAACCCGACCAAGGUGCGCGUGACGGGCGCGCCGUUCGACACCUUCUACGUCGCCGAGCCGCUGGUCGACGGCCUGAUCGCCAACACGGUGCUGAACCCCGAGACGCAGACGUGGACGUCGGCUGCGAGCAUCCCGCUGGGCCUGUUCAAUGUUGAUAACGGCCAGGCGCAGGGCACGCAGUGGAGGAUGAACUUCUUUCGCACGAUUGUGUCGCCGGACACGUUCCCUGAUCAGGGUCUGGGUGCGUGGAGCCCGACGAAUCAGUCCAGCUUUCACAUGACGCCGUUCUUUGGCAACGUGCAAUUCGUCUAG